AAUAACAACAUCAUCAAUCAGCUGACAGCUACUUGAUAAAAACACAGUGUUUCUAUUUAUUACAACAAAACAACAAGAAAAAAGUGAAAAUUUCCCACAAAUAAACACUACAAAUAAAAGCAUUAAAACUUAUUUAAAUUUAUGUUUUUAUAACUUAAAAGCGUUUACAAAUAAAAACGCUUAAAAUUAUCAUUAAAUCUAAACAAAUAAAAUGAGUUACGAAGACGACGACUAUCAUGUGGAUACAUUUCCCAAGGAAUACGGCUAUGGUGCCUUCGAUCAAGACGGUCUCGAUUCGACCGGUAUGGUGGGCACAAAUUCCGAUCUCAAGCCUCGUAUUUUACUAAUGGGUUUGCGUCGUUCCGGCAAGAGUUCCAUACAAAAAGUUGUCUUCCAUAAAAUGUCACCGAAUGAGACAAUGUUCUUGGAGUCGACCAAUCAAAUUGUCAAGGAUAACAUUAACAAUUCAAGUUUUGUACAAUUUUGCAUAUGGGACUUUCCGGGACAAAUAGAUUUUUUCGAUCCCACCUUUGAUUCGGAUAUGAUUUUUGGCAAUUGUGGUUCAUUGGUGUUUGUAAUCGAUGCCAAAGAUGAUUACAAUGAGGCGUUGACGAAAUUCAAGAAUACUGUGAUUAAGGCGUAUAAAAUAAAUCCGCGUAUUAAGUUUGAAGUUUUUAUACAUAAGGUUGAUGGUAUUAGUGAUGAUACAAAAAUGGAAUCCCAACGUGAUAUACAUCAACGUGCAUCCGAUGAUUUAGCCGAUGCCGGUCUAACACAGAUACAUCUUAGCUUUCAUUUAACCUCCAUCUAUGAUCAUUCAAUAUUUGAAGCUUUUUCGAAGGUGGUACAAAAACUAAUACCACAAUUACCAACAUUAGAAAAUUUACUAAAUAUUUUUAUAUCGAAUUCCGGCAUUGAGAAGGCUUUUCUCUUUGAUGUGGUUUCAAAAAUUUAUAUUGCAACCGAUUGUUCACCCGUUGAUAUGCAAAGUUAUGAAUUGUGUUGUGAUAUGAUUGAUGUGGUUAUAGAUUUAUCAAGCAUUUAUAGUUCCGAAGAGGAUGCAUUCGAUCAUCAAAGCUCUAGUCUUAUUAAACUCAACAAUAAUACAAUUCUCUACUUACGUGAAGUUAAUAAAUUCUUAGCUUUGGUUUGUAUAUUACGCGAAGAGAACUUCAAUCGUCAGGGUGUUAUCGAUUACAAUUUUCUAUGUUUUCGCGAUGCCAUCAGUGAAGUAUUUGAAUUGCGUUUGAAAAGUCAAAAACUAGCAACCGUAGACGAACGUUUGGAAUUACAAGAGAAUGGUAAUGAAGAUUCCGAUGAAGAUGUUAUCGAUGAUGAUGAUGAUGAUGAUAAUCCUAAAAUAGUUUAAUUUCUCUAUAUGUUGAUGAUAAUAUUUUUUUCAUUGUUAUAAAUAAUCAAUAUUAAUCUAUUUGCAAUACUUUUCUAAUGGUUCUUCUCUACACACACACACCAACCCCCCCCCCCCUGUAUCUAUGUUUCAUUUUCUUUCUAUUCUUUUUUUUUGCAGUCGAUUUUGUGCCUUUUUCUUAAUAUAAUUUAGCUGUUAAUAAUUCUAUUGUGUACUAUUAUUAUGAUUUUUGCCAUAUAAAUAACUUUGAUGUAUGUAUUUUAUGAUUUUUUUUUAAUAAACCUUUUUAUAUAUUUGUAAUUGCAUUAAAGACAACUUUAAAAGUUACUAUAAACAAAUUAAUUUCUUUAUUUUUGUUGUUUUAUAAUAGAAAUUAUCAUUUGAAAUAAAGUAAAUUGUGUAUUUGUUAUUUGUAUUAAUUCAAUUAAUCGAAAAUAAUAAAUAAUAUUUUUAACAACUAUUGGCUUAUAAAUAAUGCUUUUUUAAUAGUUAUUCCUAAGAAACAUAUAUUCUGGCAUAUUCUUAUAAAAAUUAUUCUUAUAACUAAAUAAAAGUUUAUAUUUUAAUAAAAAUUAUAAAAAAUAA